AGAGAGGGACGGUGGAACUGUCAGUGCUGCAUUGGUCCUCCUCGCGUAAAGACGGGCCACGGAUCAUCUGUGAUUACCUUCCUGCCGGAGUCCUUUCCCGCAGACAACGAACGAGAGCAUCGCGAGCAAUAGACAGCUGAAAUAUGGCAGCACCACAGGCGUCGUCGCGUCUCGAGAUGCUGCAGGCCCGCUUCCAGCAGAAACAGCUGCAGGAGAAGGAGCAGAAGCUGCUGCAGCUGUACGACCAGCAGCAGCAGAGGGCCUACCAGGUGGUGCAACGGGGUAGCGCGGGUUCCAACAGCUCGAAUCACGGCAGAACCGCGACAACAACGACGACGACGACGGCGAGCCACACGACCUCGACCUCGCAAGGCGGUAAAGUGAGGCAAAUGUUCGACGAGAGGCGGCAGACUACCGUGAAGGGAAUCGACAGGAGCUACCCGCUGGAACCGCUCGAGAACAGGCUGCGAAAGCAAGCGAAUACGAACGGCGUGGUGACGCAGAGGAACGGUAAUGUGACGGUGAAUCGACAGUCCGUGAAACGCGUGACACGCGCGGACUUCAACAGCAACGUUAACGGCGGCAAACCCGUCGUUUCUUACCACGAAGAGAUCGUUCGCGACUCAUUCGGGCCAUCCGUACGUCGUCACGAUGACGAGGACGAGUACGGCGUCGAGAACCGCGUCGCCACGUUCGCCAAUGGACAUUAUCGUCACGAAAUUGACAAUGAGCAAGAAGAAGCGAUCGACCAGGACAUGAUAGAGAGAAAUCGUAUGAUGGCGAAGAUCCAUCUGAUGGGGUUCGACGAGACUCUGAAGCAUCGCGUGAGGAACGAUUUGGAGAGCGAGGAGUUUCCGGAAUACCUCAUGGUGGACGACAAGCCCGACAAGCUCUCGAAGAGGAACGUCACGAAGAAAUUGUCUCAGGCGGAAGAACGACUCGAACGAUUCAAGAACGCGAACGCGAAAAGGAGUAACGUGCCGAAACAGUCGACUUCGAGCACGGUGAUAAGAAAGCGGUCGGAACAAGGGACAAAAUCGAAUUCCAGACUAAGGAGCGAGAUCGCUGGGACUUCCCCAACCAGCAUGAGAAACGGAAGUAGCCGGACCUCAGAGCGCAGUCAAAGGAUUUUCGAAAAUGCAAAAAGUCCGCUGUCGGUUAGAAUUCGCGUAGCUGACGAAAUGAGCGCGAGACGAAGGGAAAGUUCGGAUACCGAGACGCUCAGUCAACGCACGAGUCCGCGAAGCUUCUUGACGAGAGAAGCUACAAAGGCGGAACCCGCUUCGAGAUUUUAUCCUCGGAAUAAUGAAUUUAAGUCAUUGACGUCCGAUGGAAAAAUAUUCGUAAGACGUAGCGCGAGUCCGCAGUUCUUUUGUAGAGAAUCCGAAAGAUCUGUCACGACUAUGAGCAUCGAUCGAAAGUCCGAUUCGUCUGGAUCACCAUUAUUUCAUCGGGAAACGUCGACGAAACAAAACAGAAGUCCAUUCUUCCUCAAUGAAUUCAAACAAUCUCGCAGAACGAGUGAGUCUAAGUCACCAGUAUGGGGUGACACAGGAAUUUCGUCAAGACGAAGCACGAGUCCGCAAUACUUUUAUUAUGAACCCAAACGGUCCGAAACAGCUAUGAGUACCGAUCGAGAAACUAUCGGAUCCAAAUCGUCCGAACGGAGCAAGGGAAUAUUAAAGCGAGAUACGACCGAUUUCGAACGGAAAAGGGAAACAAGUACGACUCUCGGUCGACAAUCUCCUCGAUUUAAAUUGCCAUUGUAUGAAGAGAAUGUAUUCAAAAGGCGAAGCACCAGUCCGCAAUUUUUUUGCAAAGAAUCCGAACGAUCUGCCACGACCAUGAGCAUCGAUCGUGCACCUAGUGAAUCUAGAUCGCCGUCAUACGAUCGAGAAAUAAUAACGAAGCGAAGCGGAAGUCCGCGAUUCUUUCUAAGUGAGUCCAAACAUUCUCAAAGAACGAGUGAAUCUAAAUCACCGAUAUGGAGUGACACAGGAAUUUCGUCAAGACGAAGCACGAGUCCGCAAUAUUUUUAUUAUGAACCAAAACGAUUCGAAACAGCUAUCAGUACCGAUCGAGAAACUAUCGGAUCCAAAUCGUCCGAGUGGAAUAAGGGAAUAUUAACAAAGCGAGAUAUGACCGAUUCUGAGCGGAAAAAAGUUCAAACAAAUACGACUCUCGAUCAACAAUCUUCUCAAUUUAAAUCACCAUUGUAUGAAGAGAAAGUAUUAAAAGAGCGAAGCACCAGUCCGCAAUUUUUCUGCAGAGAAUCCGAACAAUCUGCCACAACUAUGAGCAUCGAUCGUGCAUCUAGCAAAUCUAGAUCGCCGUCAUCGCCGUCAUACGAUCGAGAAAUAGUAACGAAGCGAAGCGCAAGUCCGCGAUUUUUUUUCAGUGAGUCCGAACAAUCUCGCAGAACGAGUGAAUCUAAAUCACCGAUAUGGGGUGACAGAGGAAUUUCGUCAAGGCAAAGCACGAGCCCGCCAUAUCGUGAGUCCAAACGAUCCGGAACAGCUAUGAGUACCGAUCGAGAAACCAACGAAUCCAAAUCGUCCGAGUGGAGCAAGCGAAACACAAGACCGCAAUUUUUUUGCCGUGAAUCAGAACGAUCUGGCACAACUAUGAGCAUUGAUCGCAAAGUUAGUGAACCUAGAUCGUAUGAUCAAAAAAUAUUGACGAAGCGAAGCGCAACUCCACGACUGCUAAAAGGAAAGACCGAGCAACGAUCUGUCAUCACUACGAGCAUCGAUCGCAGAUACAAUGGAUUUAAAUUGCCUAGAAUUACGCGCGACAAACGUUCUACGAGUCCGCAAUUUUUCUGCAAAGAAUCUGAAAAAUCUGCCACAACAAUGUUGAUCGAGCCAAGAUCGAGAUCAACGGAUUCUACUAAAAAUGUAUUAAAACAUCGCACUUAUGUCCCAGAUACUUCCUAUAGACGACCUGUAAAAUCUCCGAUUGAUAAAAAAGUCAGUUCUACGAAAUAUAGACACACUCCAAGUCCUUCAAUUACUAGACACGAAGUGAAAAGAGCUUCCAGUAAAAACGAAGUCUUCAAAAAUAUUACGGAAACUCGCAGAUCAUCGAAAAUCUCGGAGACAUCCGCGACAUCGGCCAGCUCGAUCGUAAACCUCAAGUACGGUUUGGAAUUCGAUAAUAUUUUGCAAUCAGCAGGGCUCGUCCGUAAAUUCAUGAAGUCCCAAGACGGAAAACAUCGCGCCAUUCGUCAAUCGCCCUCGAAACGCAAUAGUACAAACGUAAAUACUCGAAUCUCCGCAAGAGGCAAUCAAUCGAAAAAUCAACGUAAAACACCGCCACUUCUCCAAACAACGAGAUCGCCGUCUAUUGAAAGCAGGAAGAGAGCCACGCCAGAGUUCUCUCGCAAAACCAUUACGCCGACAGAAGUUGACAUGGACAUUCAAGAGAUUACUAUGACGGAUCAUCGUAUUGAACGCGACAAACUGCAAAAAGCGUCGAGCCCAAUACUGAAGCGACAAUUUGAUGGAACAUACACGAAAUUGCCUAGCGGCAGAGCGAAAUUCAAAACCUCGAUCACCUAUCCUGUUCGCAAAACGCAUAGACAGAGAGAGUCCAUUUUCGAAUCAAGCGCUUUCAAGAGAGAUCUCUCCAAAAGGAGAUACACGGAUCGCCGAAGCGAUCGAGAGAGCGAGGAAAGUGUCAUCAGCCUGAAAUUCGGUCCUGUAAGCGAAAGUUCUUAUCUCGGAACUCGCGACAGGAAAGAUGAAAGUAGAAUGUCUUCUCAAACGCGGAAACAAUCCGCAAGAAAUCAAGCUAACUACAUUGCGACUCAAUCCACGAAACGUGAAGAUCGAGAGCGCGCGAGUUCUCGAUCUUUAAAUCGAAUGCGAAAUCGUUCUGCAGAAAAUAGGGCUGAUAAUCCGAAAGCAACGUCUCCUGAUUUUUCUAGGGUAAGAAAAUAUACAGUUUCGCCGAUUUUAUACGACUUCGCGGGGAGGACCAAAGAAGCACGCACAAAAUUCGAUCAACCGCAAAACUUGCGGUCUGCGCGACUGGUGCAGGGUACUGCAAAGGACAGAAACUUGUCUACAAACGACGAAUAUAAUCGAGGAAGAGGAGAAGACAAAAAUAAAGACAAAAAUAAAAUAGGAGUAGAUGAGGUUGACGCUGGGAUCGGCGUAAAGUAUCAAACGGUAGCUGAAACCGCUUUGAAUGAAGAGAUCAAGGAUUACCGCAAGAUCACUCGCCCAAACUUCACUGAUCGGAUCGCAAACAAAAAGAUCUCCCUUCGCGAAACGAUGCAGAAGCCGAUGCAGUCGAGUACUUCAAAGAAAACAAUCUCUCCGACGAGAGAACGUGGCAGGCGGCACGACGUAAAGUCUAGGGUUUCGCCACGCGUUUCACCUUUGCGAAAAACAGCAGAAAUUUCUCGUGACGCCUGUAUCCCGAAAAUUUUCUCAUCCCGGAGUAUCGUAUCAAAAGCAGAUCAAAGCUCUGCAUCUAAAUUUUCGACGUACACCAUCAAAGAUCGCAAACACGAGAGUGUGCUAGUCGCGAAAAAAUUGACGGAAUCGUUCAAUAAAAUGAGCGUAAAACGUAAGACCGAAGAUAGCGUGAAAGAAUUUUCGAAAAUGCUACGCGAGGACAGAUCUGAAAAAGAUCUCAAAAGACUGGACUCCGUGGAGUCGGCGUUGAGACGAUUCGAUUCCAUAGGUGCGGAAUUUGAACGUUCAAGUCCGACGAACUUCCGGGCAUCUCCAGAGAUCUCCUUACAAACGAUAGACGCCCAAGCAAAAGUUUCCAUUAAAGAAUCGAUCGCCUCUGAAGGAACAACAGUCCCUUCUCGCGAAGUAACGGAUCAUACGAUUUUGAGAUCGAUGCUAAAAUCUCCAGUCGACAGAGAUCUGAAAGCUAAAAACGCCGCGUACAAAAGUGAUUUCAGAAUUCUCCAAAAGAAGACUCGCCCCUCUAAGAGAUCAACGAGAGUCGGAAGCCCCAUCGAAAGCAAGCAGAGAUCAACGAAAAUUCGAUCACCGACGUGCAAGCGGCGAUUGUUUGAAUCCGAUUCGGAGAAGGAGAUUCAAGAAGAACGGCCAAAAUCGAGUUACGUAAAAGCGCGAAAGGAUGAGAAUUGUCCCUUCGUAAAUUUCAGAUUUCGUAAAGACAAAGCAAUCUCAAACAAAAGGUCUUCCAAAGGUCUCAGUCACGACGUUACGAAAGAAUCGAUGAGUUCGGAAGAAACGUCCACGUUUUCCGUGAAACCGCUGCGGUCCAUCGAGGAUAUUCGAAAAUCGAUCGGUGACGAACGAAAUAAAUUAGUCGCUACGGGAGAGUCGAGGUCAGCGAUUGCAAAUCAGCGUUCGGCCUCGCGAGAGGCGAGGAGAUCAAGUCCUGUGACCAAUGCAGCGAAAAACGUAUUUCUCGGCGCCGAUCCCGCGAGACUGAUUAAAAUUAAAUCCUGUGUAUCCAGGAUCACGAAGAGCCCGAGCCCCGAUUUGACUGCGACAAAGCAGCGCGAAACGAACGCGCGAGCGACAAGAGGAAGCGCUCCUUCGUCCCCUUCGAAAAGUCCUGAGGUUGCCCCUAGGCGUACAGAAUCGAGGAAUCAAGAAUCGAAGCCUUCGAGAAGAUCAACGAUCGGAAAAGGUGCGGAUUCGACCGGAAAUAAAUUCGACACAACCGACGGUGUCGUUCUCCAAAAUGGUUCGCCGGACGAAUCUACAAGAAAAUCCUUUAUGAUCGAUUUCGACGAUCGACCAUCGAAAGAAGACGAUGCAAUGCCGUUCAAAAAAUCGUCGAUGAAGAAGUCUUCUAACGACAAGCAACAGACAGCUUCCAGUGUAUCAGGCCAGCCGACCUCGUCGUCGAAUUCUAGUUUUAACUUAGUUCAAGAUUCCAGUGUGAAAAGUAGAAUGGCGGAAAGUGAAAGAGGAAAAGGAAUAGGAAAAGGAGGAGUUAAAAGUAAAGGUAAAGGUACAGAAAAGCCUUCUUCCAGUAGUGGCAAGCUUGCAAACGCAUCAAGUUUCAAUGAAGAUACAACUACCGAUACGAAAGGUCUGGUAAGGUGUAAAACAUGCGGGCGUAGCUUCGCGCAAAAUCGAAUCGAACUCCACGAAGAGAUCUGCGUGAAAACUGCGACCAAGAAGAGGAAGCAGUUCGAUCCAGUGAUGUGCCGAGUUAAAGGAACCGAACUCGAGCCUUUCGUUAAGAAAGGCCUCGCUAAGCGAGAGACAAAAACGAAGAAGUCGGAGUCGAAGCCGGACUGGCGACGCAAACACGAGGAAUUCAUCAGCGCAAUCCGCUACGCAAGGGAGACGCAGGCACGAUUGGCGGCGGGUGAGAAUCUGAGCGAUUUGCCGCCCCCGCCACCCAGCGAUACCAGCGAUUACGUUCAGUGCGAGCACUGUGGCCGGAAGUUCAAUCGGUCUGCCGCGGAGCGGCACAUUCCGAUCUGCAAGCGUAUGCACGAUAAAAAGCAGACGCAAGCGCCGAGGGCGAGACGCUAGAAGAGGAAAUCGCGGCGACGCCCAGUCUCUCCCCGGUCCCUCUCCGCAAAGAAGAAAGCUCGUUCUUGUACUCCCCGAUAAAUUAGCGUCUAAUCUUUUUAAGCGCACUCUUGCCCUCGUCUCUUUCCCGGCGCCGAUUCACAAGCCUAACACUCCCCUUUGUACGCGAGACGCGACUCACUCCAUUUCGAGAUCUUCGCCUGCUUCACGUUUAAUGUCGAAAUGUUGUGUCAAAGAAUUUGAUAGGUUGAUAUUGAAGAACUCGUUUCUAAAUUGUCUUAAAUUUUAUUAAUUAAAGACUGCACGCGGAAAUGGGUUCUUCGACUGGAACGUGAUUUGUAACGCUAUGACGGUCUAAAUUGAGUGAAGCAGACGAAAAUUACAUUAAUAAUAAAAAAGAUUAUCUAUGUGAGCUAAUGGCAAUGUCGUAAUUUAAUCGUAAAUUCGAGAUUAUCGAAUGUGACAGCAAUAAUCAAGUAUUGAUGUUCAAAGUCAAAUAGUUAUGCCGCCGCUGACUAUCGCUUUUCACUCGUGAAGCUGCUAUCGCCCAAGCGGGUGCUUUGAAUAACUAUCGAUAAAAUUUUUUAUCAAUUGAAUUUUAUACGUAUCGUAAUUGAAUGCAAUUUUUAUAACCGCAAGCGAUUAUACACGCGAAGUAAAAAUGUAAAAAAAAAAUAAUGCGUUGAUAAUGUAUAUGAAAGAAAUAUAUUAUACGUAGCACGAA